AUGUUCGGACACCGGUUAGCUGCCGUAAGAAUGCAUUUCAGAAAUCUUCUCUCGAACUAUAACCGCCUAGUUAGGCCGGUAAAGAACAGUACAGAAUCAUUGAAAGUGUUGAUGAGAGUUCAUCUGCAACAACUCAUUGAUGUGAUUUGGAAUGACUAUCGACUUUCAUGGGAUCCCACACAAAAUGAAAAUAUCACGAGUGUGCGAUUCAUAAGUGGAGCGUAUGUUUGGCAACCGGAUAUACUUCUUUAUAAUAGUGCAGAUGAAUCAUUUGAUUCAACUUACCAAAGCAAUGUGGUUGCAUAUAACGAUGGAGAAAUCAACUGGAUUCCGCCUGGAAUUUUACGUGCUUCUUGCAUUAUGGACAUCACGUGGUUCCCGUUUGAUGAUCAGACGUGCUACUUGAAGUUCGGAUCAUGGACUUAUAAUGGAUUCGCUAUCAAUUUGCAAGUUGAUUCCGAAUCAGGAAAAAAUACGAUAGCCGUACGAGAAGAGAGUUUUUAUGACUGCUGUAUUGAACCGUAUCCAACCUUAAAAUUUUACAUCAAUUUGAGACGUCGAACACUUUUUUAUGGUUUCAAUCUGAUCGUUCCAUCAUUGCUCAUCUCAGUAAUGACGCUACUCGCAUUCGCGCUACCACCAAACGACAUCUCUGAAAAAAUCAGCUUUCGCAUGUUUUUUUCAACGUUAACUAUUAUUGUGGCCGUUUCGACAACGUUCACGAUCAUGGUAAUGAACGUGCGAUAUCGACAAACGGCCAAUUGCAGAAUGAGUAAAACGGAACUUAUCGAUUCAUGCAACAACAUCUAUAAAAAGGACUUGGAGAGAACGAUACCAUCGAGUUUGGUUGAUCAAUUGUGUGUUGUACCUAUUCAGAAACUUGACUUAGAGCGCAAAGUUGGUGACGGGAUGUUCACAACGAAUAAAUCUAUCAGGGUUCGAGUUCAAAAAAUGAAUCAAUAUGAUAAGUAUCUCAAGCAAUGUAUUGGUCGUAUCAGUGAUCCACGUUUUUGUGAACAACUCAACGGCGCUAACGAUGUCCCCAAACCGCUCGGCAUCACUGGACGAGUUCCGAUGAAUGCUUAG